AUGAGUGAUGCCGACCCCGAACGCGAGGACCACCCUGAAGGUGCUACUGAGGAGAGCAAAGCAAUCAACUUCAAAUGGACUCCUGAGCUUGUGAAUAUUGGAAGCUCUCGCGGCGCGAUACAUCCAUCUCUCGGUCCUAUUGAAGAGCACAACGGCUUUCGUAUUUUCAAGUACCGACCUGGCAUGAGCCUACCAGAUCCUGCUGAUGCGCGUGAAUGUUUGAGAUGGGCGGGACUAUCUGACGAGAAGAUAAUAGAGGUAGAACAGAAGUUCAACCAGCUAUACCCAGAUUAUCAAGGACCCAGCUGUGGAUAUGCCGAGAAGUAUCACCGGACUGGCUACACUGAGAUCAUAUUCCCUAAGGUUGAGAAAAUGUUGGAUAUUUUCAUUCAAGGAAUGCAUGAUGACCACGAUGAGGUUGAAGAGACUCAUAAGGCUUUUAUCGAGAAGGGCAUCCAGCUUGGACUCCGCCUGGAAUUUGCGAUAUUUUGUGGACUACACAAGGAUGAUCCCCGGGCUGUUGAAAACCCCUAUCUAUUCGAGAAAGACUGGUUUUGGAUGGACCCAGCAAGCAUCAUGACUGAUACCCUAAUCUCAUUUUGGAGGGGAGUCGAGAAGUGCAUGGUGUCGAAACUGUUAUAUGAUGGAAAGGCAUUCACGUGUGGUGGAACAUGGGUGGUCCGUGAAGGAGAAACUAUAGAUCAAGCAAAAGCGAGGCUGGACGACCGAGAGCGUGAGAGGCUAAGGGAGCAAGCGGAAAAGGAAUACAAAGUAGAAAGGGAGCGUGAGAAAGAAGGGUUGGAGAAAUUGUGCGCCCAGGAGGAUGCCAUAUGGGCAGAACAAGACAGACAACAGACAGUCGGAGAUGCUGAACCAACAAAGCAUAAACAAAGCUGCUCAGCAGAAGGAUGA